AGUAUUUGAUAGGGGGUGGGGACAUUUUAAGCAGGGUCGGUGUAGGGAAGAGAGCACAGUGUGAUAGAAAAGGGACAUCUGUAGUCUACUGUGAGUCAGGACAGCGUCAGUUCUGUUUUGGAAGGAGAAUGGAUGACAAGAGAAAGAAAAGAAGCCCUAAGGUGUGUGUGACACAGACCCUUCCCCCUGCACCCCUGCGCAAGGUUCCUGCUCCACCCAGUAAAAGCGCAACCUUCAGUUUAGGUCUUCCACACCCACCCUCCCCAAAGCAGAAGACAAAAAUUAAGAGAGGUUGCAAAGAUCGACCACGUCCCCCUGUUCCCUGUGAGGGAGUAAGCCCAGGGCCCAGUCUGCAGCAUUCUUUUUUGACGGAUGUGUCCCAUGUGUGUGAAAUGGAAGGAGGACUCCUGAGUCUGCUCAAUGAUUUUCACUCUGGAAAAUUGCAGGCAUUUGGCCAUGUAUGCACUUUUGAACAGUUAGAGCGGAUACGAGAGAUGCAGGAACAGUUGGCAAGGCUCCAUUUUAGUCUGGAUGUUUGUGCAGAGGACCUGAGGGAGGAGACGCAUGAAGAGCGUAAUUUGGAGCAGCUUCUAAGUAAUCUGGAAGAACUCAGUAAUUCAAUACAAAAACUGCACUUGGGAGAAAAUCAAGAGUCAGAAGAAGUUAAAGUACUGGAAUAAAACUGUUGUCAUUAAGGAUGGGGAGCACCAGAGCUGGCUGAGUCAUUUCUCUUUAUGGAGGUUUAGUUUUAAUAGGAUGUGUCUGCCAUAGCUUUCAAAUGGUUUCUGCACAGCUUGGGACAUACUGAAAAGCACAGGAAAUGAAUACAGGGAUGAAGAUAUCUUUUAGAACUAUAUGUGGUAGAGAAUAAAGCACCCACCCAAAAGAGGACAGAUUUAGGAGUAACAAAAAUAUUUUAUUGCAAAACAACGUGCUGUUUGGAGUGAUCCAGAAUGUGAACAUCUUUAUAUGCUGAAUACAGUGACAGUAGCUCACGUUCUAUGCUGAUUAUAAAGGGCCAAACAUACAAUGAAUGGAUUUGGUCCAAUCUUGAAGUUAGUGUGUGGAAAUACAUGCAGCAUAAUGACCUAUGGUAAUUUUGUUUUUCUAAUAGAAUCUCUAAUAUUUUAUUUUUAAUACAUUUACUAGCAUGUAAUAAUAUGAUAAUGUGCGACUUUAAUAAACAGCUGAGUAACAAA